GCUGUAUUUUCUACUUGUUGUUCGCUAUACCUAUUACCUACAUAAGAUUGUGUAUUUCAAGGAAAUUAACUGAUAAAUUGAUAAUCGUCUCUUACGUUUACGUACGACAUCACGAAGUUCGUGUUUACCUUGCUGAUAAAGUAAUAUUGAACCUGAGAAGAAUUGAUCAGUGUUGUGAGUGAAAUAGUGUAAACUUUAAGAUUCUUAACAUUAAAAUUCGUAUUUGUAAUUGUGUGUGUGAGCUAUUCAAUAUGAAUACAAGAACUCCAAAAACAACUCCGAUUACUGAUGACUACGAUAUCUCAAACACAGUCCUUGGACUUGGGAUCAAUGGAAAGGUGGUCGAAUGUAAGGAAAAGAGAACUAACACACGGAGAGCAUUGAAGGUACUACACGAUAGUCCAAAAGCCAGGCGUGAAGUGGACCUGCACUGGAGGGCUAGCGGUUGUAUGCAUAUUGUCGAGAUUAUAGAUGUAUAUGACAAUACAUAUGGUGGGAAGAGAUGCCUCCUGGUGGUUAUGGAGUGCAUGGAUGGCGGGGAGCUGUUCCAGAGGAUCCAGGACAACCGGGAAGGAGCCUUCACCGAGAGACAAGCGGCGGAGAUAAUGCACUCAAUAUGUGUCGCCGUCCGUCACCUGCACGAUUCGAACAUCGCUCACCGCGACAUCAAACCGGAGAACCUCCUGUACACCAGCGCGGCUCCAAACGCGUUGCUCAAGCUUACAGACUUUGGCUUCGCCAAGGAGACGCUGACCCAAGCUGACAGCUUGCAAACACCAUGCUAUACCCCCUAUUACGUCGCUCCGGAGGUGCUGGGUCCGGAGAAAUAUGACAAGUCUUGUGAUGUUUGGUCGCUCGGUGUCGUAAUGUAUAUACUUUUGUGUGGUUUCCCACCGUUUUACUCCAAUCAUGGACUUGCGAUAUCGCCUGGUAUGAAAAAGCGUAUAAGGCUGGGGCAGUACGAUUUCCCAGAGCCGGAAUGGUCCAAUGUCUCGACGGAGGCGAAGAAUCUUAUCCGUGGUAUGCUGUCAGUAGAUCCGGCCAAACGACUAACCAUUCACCAGGUGAUGUCCAGUCCGUGGGUUCGCCAGUACACACAAGUUCCUCAGACGCCGCUCUACACUCACUCAGUUCUGCGAGACACCGGUGAAGCGUGGGCCGAGGUUCAGGACGAGAUGACUCGCUCGCUCGCCACCAUGAGAGUUGACUACGACCAGGUCCAAAUUAAGGCCUUAGAGCAAAGUAAUAAUUCACUUCUCAACAAGAGACGGAACAAAGUCGGUGCUUGAUGAAGAAACUUGCCUGGCGGUCCGUGUGGUGAUAAGUUCAUCACAUUGCUAACGUGCACAUCACAAAAUGUACUUAUUAAGUUAAUGGGCUCUGUGAUGUAGUAGUAUAGAUAGUUAGUUGGUUGUUAAGGGCAUCCUUCAAAGUCAAAGUUAAUUUAACUUAAUUCAAGUAGUUAUGUUUUUAAAGUUAUAACCCUCACUUCUAGGUUUAAUACACAAAUAAAAUUUCAAAAACAAAAUUUUAUGGACGAUACGAAACUCGAACCCACGACCUCUGGCAUUUCGUGCCAGUGCUCUGCCAACUGUUGUCAUAAAAUUUUGUAUUUCAAAUUUUAUUUUUGUAUUAAUUCAAUUAGGCUUAAACUAAGCACUUUUGAAUCGUCAUUAUAAAUAUUUCUUUUAAAUUAUUGAAUCUACCAGAUGUUCGGAAAAAGUAGAGCUCGUGAGAAGAACAUACAAGAAACUCGACGGCCACUCUUUCCAAUCAAGUAGACUAUUUUAUUUGAUGAUUGUUCGUUGAGUUUCUUGUAUGUUCUUCAUUCAUUCAAAAUAGUUGGAAACGCUUAACCACUCGGCAAUAGUUUAUACCCCAACACAGAGCAAAUCAUACAGUUAUAAUAUACUAGUGUAUACAGAAACAUAGCGUGUGAGAGACAAGAGAGAUCUCCUUCAGAGAUGCAAGAUAGUAAAGGAAAGUUAAUCUUGUUUUAUUUAUACUGACACUGACACCCUUUUACACAAAUUACUUUGCCCCAAACUAACAUGUACUAUGGGUACAAGACAACGAUAUAUUUAAUACAAUAUACUUACUUAAACAAACAUAAAUACAUAUAAACAUACAUGACUCGGAAACAAACAUCCAUAUUCAUCAUAUAAAUGAUUGCACCUACCAGGAUUCAAACCCGGGACCUCUACCUUAGUAACUUAUUUCUGUAAUCGCUUUUAAUUAUUGUCAAUUAGCCACGCAUGAAAUACGUGCUUAGUAUUUUUAAUAUUAUUCAACAAGCUACCGCACACAAUGAAAAAUAAUAUUUAGUCUACGGCACACGUUUGUAGAGUUCCAUUCGGUUCAGCGCUCGCUUCGCGAGUGUUCUAGAAAAUUCGAUUCGAAACCAAUUGUCCACGUAAUGACUUGUGUCAGUGUUCGUACAGAAUACUCACCAUCUUACCAAUAUUAUGUUAUACCUACCUACAUAUAUAAUACUGACCGACAAUCGAUGUUUUAAUUAUAUUAAGAACCCCGCGACCGCUCAUUGCAUGAAUUAUUUGUAUCACGAAUAGUAAUAUAUGCAUAAAAGGCAUCUAUUUUCUCAAAAUUGAUUCCUUUAGAAUUAUUUUUGAUGUCAUUUCUUAUAUACUGGAUACUACUACCGCUUCGGAAACAAAUUGCGCUCUGAGAGCGAAGAAGCGACGCAAGAAUUUCUCACAACAUUUUUUUUUUGCGCUCUUUUUAAUUAAAUAUACAAUAUUGCACUGUCAUUGCUAUUGCUAUAAAAUAAUCAUAAUCUAAACCUUGGCUGUCGGAGAUCACUUAGAUAUUCAGCUGUGGAGUAGGAGGAUUAACGACGAGCCAUUUUUUAAUAAAACAUUUAGAUUUAUUUAUAGAUAAUGCUUGAACAGUGGCUGGGACUUUAUUAUAAAAGUGUAUACAUUUACCCUUAAAGCUGUUAUGUAUCUUAUGAAGCAUACUAGAAUUAGUUACAGUAGGUAUUUGUAAGUCAAUAAAAAAUAGGUUACGGAUAAACAAUCACCAUAAGUUAUAUGCUAAAACCUUCUCCGAAACACGCUGCAUCUUAUAGUAUAAGUAUUAUUCCGAUUGGUUUAGUAGUUUUCGCAGUAUAACCAAAGGAAAGACGGUUAUUGGUAUAGAUUUUAGACGAAAUGAUUAUGUAUUUUCUUCUUUACGAAUUAUUGACUAGCGAAAACUUAUUGCUAAAUUGAUUUCCUUAAGAAAAUAGAUAUGAUAACUAAAAACAUAUUUAAAAUCUUAUUGAUAGUUCUAUAAAUAAGCUCGUUUAAACAAACUUAUAUGCUACCACAGAGCCCGUAGAGAAGUCUUUACUAUGUCAAAUAAAAUAAUUUAUUAUAUCCUUCGCUUAACACGAUAAAAACAAUUAUUACACAUUUCAAACUUUGUAUAUAAAAUACUUUCAAUGAAGAAUUAAAAUGAAAAACAAAAUUAUUACUGAAGUUUAUUAUUAUUAUGUUUAUGUAAAUUUUCCCAAAAGUUCAAUUUGAAAUUUAGUAAUAAUUGCGCGGCUUCAUCACUUAAACAGUAUUUUAGUAAAAAUAAUUUAAUAGGUUCAUGUAAUGGUGUAUGUAUUAUAGAAUGUCCUAUUUUUGUAUGACUGUUAGUAUUCUAAGAAGUUUGUAAGUUGAGUCAAGGUUAGCUAAACGAGGUAAAACCUUAAUGCCGAGAGGGUAUAGCCGAUCGUUUAAAGGUUUCUCUUUGAUUAAAGCGAGUAAAUGUGUAACAUUUAAAUAAAAUACUCUUUAUGGUAUUGUCAAACAUAAAUGCGAACCGAUUCGCUUCGCUGUCUGUUUGAAAAUAGCUUAACCCUUCCACUACACGGCAUUUCAUACAAAAUUAUUGCAAUGUCAAAAGUAUUUAAAUUAAAUAAACCUUAUUGCUGUGUGUUAAGGUUUAGUUUCACGCAAAGUGCACAUGUUGCUCCGCGAUACUUUUUUACCGCACGACUCGCGGUGAGAUUUGUUUGUCGAUGUCUAGCGAGUUUAUUGACUAUUGGUCAAACGACGAAAUAUUUGUUGUCAAUUGACUAGUAAUUCUUGAUUACCGUAACAGAAAGUGACAUGUACUUACCUAAAUAGGGAUAUUGUUUUAGAUUGACCGAAUCCAACCAAGACCAACAUUGUUUAGAUCUACAUCAGAAAUGAGUCCAUUUUAGUAUUUUUCUUUUUGUUUUAAUAGCGACCGUUUGUAUUCAUUGAGUCACAAAAUUAAAUUGUUACCACCCAAGGCGGUUUAACCGUAGUGAAGCAUUAACCUGACCUUGUCCCGGACAAACACUUCACAUAAAAUAAUUCCAUGAAUUAACCGGUUAAUUGGGGUUAUAAAAUAGCUCCCAUAACUUUUACACUCUGAAUGUAUAAUAGAUUUUAACCUUAAUUAACCGGUAAAAUCAUUCCCAAACGUUUGUCUAUCGGAGGGUAGUCGGUAAAACAGUUUCCGCGAAUCGCAUUCGCGAUUAGUGAAGGACUGUGCCGGGGGAUUUGUUAUAAGUAGCCAAUGAAGUACAUCACAGAGGUAAUAAACCUUUUUAAAUACAUUUAUGUAGUUGUAUUUGUCGUGAACCUUUUUGGGUUCUAAAUGGUUCGUGUGACUUAUUAAGUGCUUUCAUAAGAAAUAUUGGUAUAAUUAUUAUAUCAAUGCGAUAUUUUGUAAGUUUGUAUGUCGAUGACUAAUAUAUUUGCAAUCGAUGUUGUACAAAUGUGUCCAGUAAUAAUGUUAAGUAAUGUAAAAGAUAGAACUUUUUAAUAAAGGCCUUAACUGUAUUUAAGUAUAAACCCUGGAGAUUUAGACUUAUCCUCAUUGAGUAACGGGUAGUUAGUUAUAUAUAUAGACCGCAUCCAGUAUACUUGGCAUAGUUUCGCGCGCUGGUCAUGGUGUAGACUGUUUAAAGAACAUUAAUCAUUAUUUCUUUGCUUAGCCCAGAUUUCACCAGCGAAGUAGAACUUACGCUUGUAAUGGAGUUUAAAGUUCCGAUUUCAGCAACACAAACUAAACGUAGUUAUAUCCUGAACGUGUUUAAAUGCUGACCGACGAGUUCUGGACGUUCAAUAGCUGUCACUGUCGUUAUCAUAAUAAAAACAUUGACAUGUAACAAAUUUGAUUUUAUCACACUUAUUCGAUGAUAGUUUUGACAGGUAUUUGAUACAUUCUAUUUUUAUUAGAUGUAAACUCAGUUUACGUGAACAAGCUCAAAAGGUAUUGGUGAGAUCGCUUUGUGUUUAAUUGAGAUCAAGACUGGAAUUUGUACUUGUUAACGUAUAAUUGAGUCUUAUUAAACUCAGUUUAAAGUAUCAUUGGUGAAAUCUUAGCCAUCAGCCAAGAAGUAUCCAUGGCAUUGGCUACGAUCACACACAUCGCACUGCGCCCGUCACUCUAAGAAUAAUUGUAAAUGGAAUGUGUGAUUCUUUGACAUUUGUAUUGUUUUAUUUUGUUACAACUACGUUGCAAUGGUAAUUAUUUUUUAAAUUUUACGUAUAUUUUUGCAUUAUAUUAACCCAAAAUAGCGUUUAUACACCGCUAUUUUAAAAUUGCCAAAAAAACUGGUUCAACGGCUACCAUUAGUGUAAUUUAAAAAAAAAGGCAUUGUCAAAAAUUAUCUAGCGAAUAUUGCAAAUUAUUGAAUGAUUUUAAUACCAUUCACAAUGUUAUUUAUAAAUCGCUAGGCAAUCUUGAUGUUGGUAAGGUUCCAAUAUUGAUACAUUUUCAUUACUAAAGGUGCGUACAGACUGGUGAAGCUUUACAUAUUCUAUUGUAAUUUAAAUGAUUUGUAAAACGAUGAAAAUCUAAAUCAUGAUUGAAAAGAGUGGCAAUGAGUUUCUUUCUACUUCUCAUUAGCUCAACCCUUUACGAAGUAGCAGUAGAUUCAAUAAGAAAAUAAAUAUUUUUUUUGACAUUCAUAAGUCUCAUUUACGUGACCGACAUGAAUAAAGUGAUUUUGAUUUGAUUUGAAAAGUAACAUGAAAUGUAACAUACUACCUUUCAUUGCAUGUUCGCUGCAAGCGUGGACGCAUAGCUCGUUCAUACCGCGCAUUCACUACGAACAUCUCGCAUACGUCCGUCUCCGCCAUUCAGCCGCGAACGCGCCUCUUUAUGUUCGUUCGAAAAACCGACAAAUCACGGGUCGCGCCGCGCGUGGCUUGUAAUGCUCGUAACGUGCACGUGAAAUGCUCGUUUUGCGCAAGACGUCCAAACUAUGAGAAAUUGUUACCAAAGUGUGUUUAUUUUUUAUGUAAAAAUAAGGGACGAGACGAUGUUAAUUGAUACAACCUGCCCAUUUCAAUGCUGUGCCGCUGAGGAUUCUUGAAAGACCCAAAAAUUCUGAGCGGCACUACAACUGCGCUUAUCACCUUGAAACAUACACACGGCGCCCUUCAGAUCGAAACACAGUAAUGCUUACACAUUACUGCUUCACGGCAGAAAUAGCUGACAUUGUGCUACCCCGGCAUCAGCAAAGGAGCCUCCCACUUGUAUUACCUUUCAUGAUAAUUUGCGGCGAUCUUUACGACACUAGUCUGUACGCACCAUACAACAGUACGCAGUAUUUUUAGGUUGUUAUUAAGUAUUUUGUCCAUAAUUUUUGACUUUGAAUAAAUUAUAAAAAAAAUUUUUGCUUAAAUUAUUUCUGUGUCUCUUCAGUAUUAAAAAAAUUGAUGCGUAUUAACAAUCUGAUAACUUCUCACUCUACGUAGCUUCACCUUUUUUGAUAAUUAGACUAGUGGUGUAAUUCGGGCGCUGUUUACAAAUCAAAAUGUACAAAAUAUUUUCAAUAAUAUAAGUUAAUUAUAAUUAUUGAUGAUGUUAUUAAUGAUGUAAUAAAAAUAUGGUGAGUUGUUACGUAUUUUUCAAAAACUAAUUGUAAAAAUCAAUGACGUUCUAUAUACUUAUAAGGACAUUGUCAUUGGCUGUCUGAUAGUGGAACGGCAAAAGUAUGCUUAUAGACAAUGUAAGCAUACUUUUGCUCUUUGGCCAUAUGUCAACUGUCACUGUCCGAAUCGGGUCCUAAAUUCGACAACUGUGACUUGAACUCAAUAAAUGUUUUUCAUUGCUGCUUAUUGACCAAGAAUAUUUUAAACAACUGGAGUAAAUGCGGCAAUGUAUAGACAUACUCGUAGCAGUCGAAGUUUAUUAAGGUGUAAUUUUUGGCAUGUUCCAUAUUUUCGAUUUGUCUAUAUGUAUAGAACGUCAUUCGUAUUAAAUAUAAUAUAUAUGCAAGUCGUAGCAUCUUAUGCAGUGUUUACACGAGCUUAGUACUUGCAGUAUCUACCAAGUGCUUGUUUAGUAGUAUUUUUCUGUACCAAUAUACUGUUACCUAUUCUGGGUGUAAACGGUGGAAUUCUUUUGUAUAAAAUUGUAUUUGAUAUAGGCAUAGAUCAUUUAUACGUAUAGAUAGACUAUGAGAGCUGUAAAAACGUCGAUAAAAUUAAGAGAUUGUCAGUUUACCUCUAUGUCUAAAGUGACAAACAAAUCGCGAGUGUAAGACGUAGCUUGUUGCGCCAGCUAAACUAAUAAACCUGGGCUGUUUUCAUCGGCUGUAUAGCAAGUUCUAUCUAGAUCAUAGGUUCUCAACGUGGGCGAUAACGCGCCCUUGUGGGCGUUUGAGAUUUUCGGGGGGGCAGUAGAAGACCCAGAGAAAAUAAGGGGACAUUGAGAUGGCGCAGAUGGGGCGUGGGUAGAUUAAAAAAUAUAGUCUAAAAAGGCAAAAAAAUACACGAAAAUACUCUAGAAAAAAACAUUCUCAAAGUGGGCGGUGAGCAAAAUAAGGUUGAGAAACUUUGAUCUAGACUGAGCUAAACUACUUUAAGCGUGGCCAGGCUUUGCCGGUUUGACAUACUGCAAGAGUUAAGUGCUAAGCCAAUGUAAACGAGGCAUCGUAAUUGAUUUUAUCAUGCUUGCCUUCCCAAUGUAUUGACAGACGAAAUAUUUUUGUAGAAUAAUUUAUUAUGCUGUAGAUUAUAUAUUUGUGUGUUAGUAUAUUUAAGAGAAACUAGUUGCAUUUUUUGUGCCAGUAUGUGACGAAACUGUCGUGGUCGUAAUGUCAAUUAAAUGAUAGCUCAAACGCUGUAAUUACCGCCGUUGCAAUGCUUCAAUUAAUACAAUAGUAAAUUAAUGCUCAGAAGUGUACAAUAAAAUGAUUUUGCGAUAAA